CCCUCUCUCCCUUCACCCCUCCCUCCGUCUAACGACUCGCGUCUGCAAAACACCCCAACGCGAUGGCAGGGAACCAGGCAGUGAACCUCAACCCACCCGAUGCCGCCGAGCAUCUGGUCGCUCAUGGCUCGGACUGGCUGUGGGCGGCAUUCUCGUACAUGGCGGUCUGCCUGUUCAUCGCCUUCGGUCUGAUGUUCAAGAGGCCUCGCGGUACUCGUCUGUUCCACCAGAUUGCCGUCGUCAUCCUUGCGACUUCCAGCCUCGCCUACUUUUCUAUGGCCUCUGACCUUGGUGCGACUCCGAUCCCGGUCGAGUUCCGCGGCGAUGGCGGCGACCCGACGCGUCAGAUCUGGUAUGUUCGGUACAUCCAGUGGUUCAUCAACUUCCCGCUUUUGCUCCUCGAGGUGCUCCUCACGACCGGCGUCCCGCUGUCCGACAUACUCGUCACCCUGUUCAUGUCGAUCGUGCUCGUCGUGUGCGGCCUUGUGGGUGCUCUCGUCCACAGCACCUACAAGUGGGGGUACUACACGUUCGGCUGCACCGCACUGCUCUAUAUAUGGUACUCGCUGCUCUGGAACGCGCCUUCGACAACCCUCGCUGCUCGCGGCGUCGUGCACCGCGGCUACUACCUCUGCGCAGGGUUCUUCUCCUUCAUGUUGAUCACCUACCCCAUUUGCUGGGCGUGCGCAGAGGGUGCCAACGUCAUCUCCGUCACCUCCGAGAUGGUGUGGUACGGCAUCCUCGACUGCAUCGCGGGCCCGCUGUUCCUGUUCCUGUUCCUAUGGGAGAUCCGUGGCAUCGACUACAGCUCGUUCGGCUUCGGCUCAUCCCAGUUUGUCGCCGGCGCUGGUGCAGUCCCUGGAAAGCGUCCUGUCGGCGAGCAGCAGGCGUGAAAGCGUAUCAUUCUUCUAGUUUCUUAAUCUCACGUCCACCCCCUCCCCUUCUCCCUCACAUAGGGUUCGAUGACUGCAAAUUUACGGCCUGCUACGAGCAAGUCUUCUGCCACCUAUAAUAACACGACCUUCGUUAUGAUACAUCGUAGAUUAGAGCCAUGUUUAAUAAUGUACUUCUGUAAUACUCUGUCGCGAUUGACCCACCUUGGGCUCUGUAAUCUACUUGUGUAAUUAGCCAGA